AUGGAAGAUCAUCCACUCACGUCGACCUCACAACCAACACACGAAACCAUUCCUUCUUCAGAUCUCUUUGAACUCGAAUACGAAAUGAUUUACAACAAUGUUCAUUAUUUGAGUGAUCCUCUCAUUCUCACUCAUAUCGUUUCAUUACUCAUGGAGUCCUUGAAAGAGAAAUUUCUAGAAGAACAAAUUGCAUCAUUCUCUCAGCCCUCUACCACAACAAACUCGUCCGAUAAUGAAAAAGAGUCCUCUCGAAUCAUUGCUCAUGAAAUUCUCAAAUUUCGUCUUGUGUGUAAAUCAUGGAAGAAAGUUAUAGAUACGUCCUUCAUGCCCACUCUUGUAAUUCCUCAUUUGAAAAAGUGUUUACACGAUCAGGAGCAAUCGGUCACUGAUGGAACUGCUUUUACAUGUUUUAGAAUUCCAGCUGCAUUGUUAUUUGUGUUUGCUUUUGGUGCUGGUCACAUUGGAGAUCAUGUUUUAGAGUCUUAUUGGAAUACCAAUAAGAAGGAAUUGGGAAAAGUGGUGGCUCGAGCUUCGUUUUUAUUGUCCAUCUAUACAUUUAGGACAACCAUGAUGUUUUUGCAAGGAAAUCCAGUGGUGCUGCCAGCUGUCGUUGCAGGUGUGAUUGUGGAUCAAGCCAUUGAGCAAAUUUUGAAAUAUAGAAACAAGUCAAAGCUUGCCAAUAAGCAGCAUUCUCUCGCAGAGUUGGAAGAGAAUAUGAAGUACGCCAAUUCUUGUAUUCAAAAUUGUGAAAUUGUGAAAACAAUGUCCGAUCGAAAUUCUUCCAAAAACAAACAUUCCUGUUUCUAUGUCAUUCGAGUGACCUUGAAAAUGAAUGAAAACGAAUUGAAGUACAAAUUGUACAAAAAGUACACCGACUUCAGAAAAUUAUAUGAUUUAAUGUGUCAAUGUGUGAAACAAGCUCAUUUACUCGAAGAAGAUGAUCAAACACCUUUAUAUUUCCCAGAAAAACAAUGGAUUGAAAGCUUUUUGAAUUGGAGACCUGAAGAAGUCAUUGAACAACGAAAGAAGGUCUUUUCUAAAAUGUUGAAUUUACUCGUGAAUCAAUCAGCAGUAUAUGACAGCUGUGAAAUUAUGAAAUUCUUCUCUCCAGAUCACAAGAUGGAAGACAAUGAAACAUUGGAGGAUGAACAGUCCAAUGAAGACAAGCUUAAUAAGGAAGAAACAAGUAGUCCUCUCAUCCACGACGAUGAACAUGAUGACAUUGAGGACUAUGAAUGGAGACUUUUGAAAAAAGCCGAUUCUCAACUCGAACAAUGA